AAUCGUCAACAAACUACAGACGAACCGGUAGGGUUUUUAGAAUCUAACUAUUUACAUUCUUUACGGCCCAAGUGCCUCACACUCUUUGAAAUAUAUUCUAAAUAUCACACUCGUUUUGUUCUUACCGAAUACUCGCACAUAUUCUACGGCAGUACAUAAUGGCAGGCGUUAUAGAAGCAAUUGGCGUGCUCUCAGGUGUACUUGGAAUACUACAGUUUGGUAUUGACCAUUUCCCGAAGGACGAUGGGCCAAAGUCUGUUGUUAGGGUUACCGUUGGAUUAGAUACCCCAGGUGGUCUUAACGAUGCCGGUGGUGACCUUCCUGAUGUUAGACUAUUCAAUGAGGCCGGCGAGUUCCUCGGUAUCAAGACAGACCCAGGCUCCGUCUCAGAUGGUGGUUUCGGCGACAUCGAGAUUAGCCACAAUGACGACUCAAACCAACAACCCGCAUAUGCCUUAUUUUCGGCUAACAACGAUGCUAUCUGCAUUGCACACGCCGUCGUCACUUUCCCAGGCAAUGAGAGAUAUACCUGGGUCGGUGACUGGGGUCGCCAAUGCGGCGGUAGUUGGUACUACUCAAACAUCUACAUAGACAGCAGCAACCGGAAGGUUGACUGCUUGUGGAUUGACGGCAACAAUGACCAGCCGCAAAGCGGAUUCCAAGUCCACUGGCCCGAAUUCGUAAACAAGGACGGCGACGAGAUUCCAUCGGACGAGGCCGGGAUGGCCGAUAAAGUAGACUACCUGUGCAACAGAGGGCCUCCGUUCAAGAUGUACAACUACGAAGACAACAGAGACCCGCACGGCAUUACCUACUGGAUCCUCAACAACAAGCGCUCCGAGGAUAGAACCGACAACCGCAAAAUCGGAAUGUCCUACGCUCCGCCGAAAUACCCUACCUCCGCCAAGUUCGGCCGCAACUCGCCCCGAGGAAACAGCACCGUUCCUUCUGGCUCCAGCCGCCAGGCCAACCGUCUAGUAGUCAGCAACAACGCCCAGCACACGGCGGUCGAGCUCUGCGAGAGCAAGACGUCCUACGGUCCGGACUUCUUGGAUCUGAUGGACAAGAAAUUCUGUCGUAUGUCGGACAAGACUCUUUGGCCGGUGUGCGACGGCGCUCAGACCGUAGACAACUGCUUUAACACGGACGUCCAGCAACUCAUUGUCAAUGGUGUUUCGGCUAGGGACAGCCCCUAUAGCAACGUUGUAGACUGGACGUCGGGGAAUUAGAUGGGCUUGGGUAUUUUGUAGACUCUGGGUUGGGAUGGACGGAAAAUAUGUACAAGUAUUCAUGACUGUCGGCGCAUGGGAGCAGGUUAUUUAUUAUUUAUUAAGGCCUUGGUUGUACAGUAUGACUGUGAUGUAGGAUAUUCAAGCAUGCAACUAGAUGUGACAGCAAGAUAAUAGCAGUUGGGC